AUGAACUUUGAUAUCCCUAAUUUAUACUUCCACUUGAGACCUAAAACAAGAUGGAUUGACGACAUCAGCAAGGGUUGUGGACCCAAUUGGAAAAAGAAACCUCAGGACUGUAUAGGUUGGAAACAUGAGAAAGAGAGGAUGGAAAAUAUGCCUUCCAGAAGAAUUAUAAAAACACACCUCAGCCCUCAAAAGUUGCCCAAGUCUAUUUUUGAAAAAAAGGCAAAAAUGCUGGUUUUGCUUCGGAACCCAAAGGACACAGCUGUAUCUUUCUUCCAUUUUUCCAAAAGAGUAAAGAUCAGUCCUGAGCAGGAAACCUGGGAUGAGUUCUUUGACGAAUUUAUCACUGGAAAAGUGGCCUAUGGAUCUUAUUUUGAUCAUAUUACUGAAUGGAACAACUAUCUGGAGGACAGCAAUGUAUUUUUUAUUACCUAUGAGGAAAUGAAAGAGAAUCCAGUCUCAGCACUGAAAAAAAUAGCCAAAUUCUUUAAUUUUUCUGUAACUGAAGAGGAGAUUGAGAGUAUUGUAAAGAAAACAAGUUUUGAAAACAUGAAAAAUAACGCAGGAACCUAUGGAAAACUAGGGAAAGCACUUUUCCGCAAAGGCAUAAUAGGUGAUUGGACAUCUGUCUUCUCAGAAAGCCAGAGUGAAAGAAUGGACAGAAAAUUUGAGGAGAGUGUAGCAAAAACUAAGCUUGGGAUGAUGUUGAAAUAUGAGCUGUACUGCAAAAACUAAAGAAACCAUCAGUGCUACACAUCU